AGUAUCACUUUAUGGCAUAUUAGUGAUAAUAAGUGAUCAGUAAUACGCCAAAGUUCGAUUAAUAGUUUUACCUAUCGUACAAGGUACAUUUUAUUUGAGUUAAAAAAAAUUGGCUGUUUUGGUGGUCAGUAAAGUUUAUUUCUAUAAUAAACAUUGCGCAAAAUUAUAGAAAUCACCGAAAAAUUAACAGGUACAAGGUUUGAUCUUCUUAAGUAAACAUGGAUGGAAGUAAAUUUAUUUUUUGUAUGGUAUUGGUCUUUAGUCUGGGGAUUGGCGGAGACAGGAUUGUCAAGGCUCAAAACUCACCAAAAUAUAAAGAAUGUUUCACACCAAAAGUUCAAAACGUCAAUUGCAUUAACAUAAUGGAAUGUCCAGUGCUACUUUAUCUAGUAGAAAAUCAAAGCCAAAAUUCUUCUAUUGCCACUUUUCUCAGAAACCAAGUAUGUGGACAUGAAAAUGAUUUCCCUUAUUACCCCAAGGUAUGCUGUCCAUUUUCGAAUGAAUCUGAUUCUAAAUUACCAGAUAUUUACGAAACAGUUUCGUCAAGAAAAUUGCCAUCUCAAGACACUUGUGGAUGGAGCGAAAUUACUCACUAUCCAGUUGACGGAGGAAAUACUUCUGUAUUAGGUGCUUGGCCCUGGAUAGCAGCACUUGGGUACUUGAAUCUUAAUAUGGAAAAUCCGGCAUACGAGUGGAUGUGUGCUGGUUCCUUGAUAUCAGAUAGAUUCGUCAUAACGGCUGCCCACUGCACAAUCGGUAUUGGAAUGUACCGUUUGCAGGUUGUGCGUUUAGGUGAUUUGAACUUGAAUCCUAAUAUUAAAGAUGAAGCUAAUCCAAUAGAUGUUCCAAUUUCACUUGUCAUAAGACAUAACCAAUAUAACGCAGAAGAUCUGACCAGUGAUAUUGCAUUAUUAAAAUUAGCCUACAGUGUUUCCUUCGAUCGAUUAAUUCAACCUAUAUGUUUACCCAUCUUAUCGAAUCAUAGAGCCAACAAUUUCGUUGAAUCUGACACAUAUCUUGCAGGAUGGGGUUCCACAAUGUUAAAUCCAAGUUAUGAUGCUCUAAUAGAUGUUCAAUUACAAGUGGUGAAAAAUUCGCUAUGUCAACGAGGAUAUCUUAACAAAAGUAUUUACAUCGAUGAUAGACAUUUGUGUGCUGGGAUAUUUGGAACAGACGUUUGUAGGGGAGAUUCUGGAGGUCCCUUAAUGUGGAAAAGUGGUUCUCAAUAUUAUUUAGUGGGAGUCGUGAAUUUCGGACAUACUAACUGCGCAGAAGUAGGUUAUCCAGGUGUAUAUGCUAGGGUGACAUCAUUUGUCCAAUGGAUCACAGAUACCAUGAAUUACAAUUAAAUUGUAUUAAUUUAUGCUAUUUAUAUGAAUUUGACUUAAGAACGAAAAGAAGAAUAGACAACUCUGUGCAAUUGGCUUAUCUAUUUACUAUUAAAAAAAAAUGUAUAACUGCUCAGACAACUUAAUAAUUUUAACCGCAAUUGUUUAAAAAAAUGAUAUUUAGAAAUAAAAAAUGAUACUAUUUGUAUUCUAAUA